AUGGGUAACCCCAAUAAUCGCGGUCAACCUAAAUCGACUCCUAUGGCUGUAAAGCUCGAACAGGAGAAGAAGGCACAGGAGGAACAACUCGCUGCGAAGAAGGCGGAAGAAUACGAGCAAUGGGCCGAAGAGAAGAGACAGGCAUGGGAGGAGGAGAAGCUUAAGAGACAGCAGGCUCAGGCAGAGAAGUUGAUGGACAACAAGUUGAAGGAAGAGAAUGCAAAGAAGAUUGCCGACACAAUCGACUUCGACUGCAUCCAGAAACACUACGCUAUCACACUCAAGCAGGAGGGCGAGAUGAAGCAACUUGUGAUCACACUCAACUUCUGUGCUGAUCCACCUACAGACAUGCAUGCAGUACUUGCUAUUCUUCCUGAAUACGCUACGUCUAUCACCAAUGUUCAAGUCAAGAUUCUUGCUCCUUCCCAGCAUGGUUCACGUGCCAUCUACAAGCACCGUGUUGAGAGAAUGAAACAAUUGGUGGAUCGACUUAACAAAUUCCCCCUCACCAAGCUUAACUUUAAAGUUGAUACUGAUGCUCACGACAGCUUCCAGCAAUUGAAGCUCGCUGCGGCGGUUAACGGUCUCGUAUUCCAAGACUGGACUUUGGCAUACGAGGUUUGGGAUGAGGGUAACUACAAGAUUGAGACAUAUAGUCCCUAUGGAAAGAGACUUCGAGGUGUAUACAGAGCUGAGUUUGGUACUCAUAUGGCGAACCUGGUGGUAUUUGCGUGUUCGCAACGUAAUAAGCUUGUCAAAAUAUAUUUUUCAAUGAAUUUUCAACUCUCCUCUCUGACCUCCUCUGCCGAGCUUUUCAUGAAGCUAUGCUCUCGCUCAAAAAAAUACUCUCCAGAACCUAAUCCUUUAGAGUUAUCCUUCAUCUCCUUCAGUCGGGAAAAGGAAAGAGGAGGAGAGCGACAAUUGGCUGAGCAGGAGAAGAUCGCAGCAAAUCAAGCCAUCACAAAGCGAGCUUUAGAGUUCGAUUUCUCUGUUCUUCCCCAACAUCCAAACUUGAUCAUCAAGAAGACAAAGGAUAAUGUCGAAAUGGUUAUCGACUUUAACUUCUUCCAAUCAACUUCGGCCCCCAGCAUGGCAUCCCUUCUAGCUACUAUUCCUAAAUACGCCGAGAUCAUUACCAACUUGAAAGUUACGAUCCUCAUCAAAUGCCCUAGGCACCACCAGAAUCUAGCUCUCUAUAACGCUAGAGCUAGAAGCAUCACCGAAUUGGUCGGCAUUAUGAAAAACUUUCGCGUGAUCCAGUUGGAAGUCAUUGCGUUUAUCAACAGCCACAAUCAUUUUGGGCAGCUCAAGCUUGCUGCAGGUGCCUAUGGCUUGAAGUUUCCCAAGUGGACAUUGGCGUAUAAGGUUCCAGGUAUCGACACAAAAUGGCAGAUUCAAAUUGGUAGCCCCUAUGAGCGUAGACUCUAUGGGGUCUACAAGACUGAGUUCUUAAGCCAGCAAUAA